CCGUGCGGAAGUGCCUCAUGCUCGGUCAGAGUUCCUGCACACGUCCCUCCUCUCUCUCCCCCCCCGAGGCUCCGCACUCCGCUCCGGCCGCUGUGGGACGGAUGAGCGCGGGCACAGAGGCACAGACCGACCCGCUCCUCGCUCCUCGCUCCCCGGUCCUCCUCCCUCCGCGCGCUCCGCAGCAGAACACCGGGACCAUGUGAGAUGCUCUGCGGGAAAUCAGCGUCCGAGGCCGGCCACAGCAUGUCGGUGCGCCGCUCGCGGGGUCGGGCCACAGUGACUCACGCCGUCAUCGUCAUCUUCCUGGAGUUCUUCGCCUGGGGCCUCCUGACCACGCCCAUGCUCACGGUCCUCAAUGAGACGUUCCUGCAGCACACGUUUCUCAUGAACGGACUGAUCCAGGGAGUAAAGGGUUUCCUGUCGUUCCUGUCCGCCCCGCUGAUCGGCGCUCUCUCCGACAUCUGGGGCAGGAAGUCCUUUCUCCUGAUGACUGUGUUCUUCACCUGUGCCCCCAUCCCCUUCUUGAGGAUCAACCCCUGGUGGUACUUCGCCCUCAUCUCCGUCUCUGGGAUCUUCUCUGUGACGUUCUCAGUGAUUUUCGCGUAUGUGGCCGACAUCACCGAGGAACACGAGAGGAGCACGGCCUACGGACUGGUGUCUGCGACCUUUGCGGCGUCCCUGGUCACGUCUCCGGCGAUCGGCGCGUUCCUGUCCCAGCGUUUCGACGACAGCGUGGUGGUGCUGGUCGCCACGGUGAUCUCUGUGCUCGACAUCGCCUUCGUCUUUUUCCUGGUGCCGGAGUCUCUGCCCGACAAGAUCCGAGCCACCGAGUUCUCCUGGCAACAGGCCGACCCCUUUAACUCUCUGCGUCGUGUGGGACAAGACCCCACAGUCCUGCUCAUCUGUGUCACCGUGUUCCUCUCAUAUCUGCCCGAGGCCGGACAGUACUCCAGCUUCUUCCUCUACCUCAAACAGGUGAUCCACUUCACUCCGGCCGCCAUCGCUGCCUUCAUCGCCAUGGUGGGCAUCCUGUCCAUCAUCGCUCAGACGGUGCUGCUGAGCGUCCUGAUGAGAACCAUUGGGAACAAACGUACAGUUCUUCUGGGUUUGAUGUUUCAGAUCGUGCAGUUGGUCUGGUACGGCCUCGGAUCACAGCCCUGGAUGAUGUGGGCGGCGGGGACCAUCGCGGCGCUUUCCUCCAUCACGUUUCCUGCAGUUUCUGCUCUGGUCUCACACUGCGCCUCAGCCGAGCAACAAGGAGUGGUGCAGGGGAUGAUCACUGGGAUCCGGGGUCUGUGUAACGGUCUGGGUCCUGCUCUUUAUGGAUUCAUCUUCUUUCUGUUUAACGUCGAACUCAGCGACAUCGAAAAGCCAGAACAGACUCCCCCUGCCGAGACCCCGCUGGUCCCUGGACCUCCGUUCCUGAUCGGUUCGUGCGCGGUCCUCGUCGCCGUCUUCGUGGCGUUUUUUAUUCCCGAAAAUCACAAACUGUCGGACGCCUCGAAGCCGGGCGCCGCCGCACACGCUCAGAACGGCUCCACUCUGGCCCCGCCCCUCAGCGACCCGGAGGACAUCGAGCCCCUCCUCCAGGACACCGUCAUGUGACCAAGGACUCGCCCGCACGAGAUUUUAACCUGAAAGCUCAUAUUUAUUUUAGAGACGUUUCUGAACUUUUACAGAGACACCAAAAGGUCAAAGUCAGAAGCUCCGGGUUUGUGUUUUCUGUUUUUCAGAUUUUACAUCAGAUUUAUUCUGAGCUUUGAACCAUUUUAUAGUUUCUUCUCAUUUGCCACGUUUACAUGAGAGCUUUAAGUCCGAAUAACAAUAAUUUAACUCUGAAUAAAAAUUAAUUCCACUUUAAAAAGACCACGUAAACACUGAUCGUAUUUUCCGGGCUAUUAGACGCGCUCUUAACCCUCCAACUCCAUCAAAAAACGACGGCGCGCCACAAUCCAAAGCGCCCCAUACACGAAGCCACUCGGGUGUCCUAGUACGACUUCAGUAAACUAUAAAGCCACAACACCCGCAGAACACACAAACGCACACGGAGCAGACAGCGACCGCACAGCUAAACACACCCACAGACACACUCAUCACUCCACGCCGACGAGGAACGGAACAGAGGAACGAACCGAAAAAGCGAGUGCAAUGUGCCACUUCUAGACACGACUGAACAACUGAGUCACUGCGAACACCCCGACAAUCCGUUGGUCCCAGACAGCACCCUCCCUACACGCCACAACUGAACAAAGCCCAGAGUCACCGUGAACGAACAAACAAACUAAACCACUCACCCAUCACACUGUUGGGUUUCCUUUAAAGUCCCACGCGGUUUAUUUGUGAAAAAAGUUCGAAAAAUAGACCAUUUACAGACAGUGCGCUUUAUAAUCCAGAGUACGGAAGCCGAGAGGGGUCACGACAAAUGGAAACGCCACAACAAAUACAAAUGUAACAACACAACAAAAAGCCACAACAAACCAAAAAAAACCAUAACGGAAAUGACCGCGGGACUCUGUGUUGCAGCGUUUGCAUUAAAAUAAACGCAAACGCCGCAACACAAACGCAAAUGCCACAACACAUUAAAAAGCCACAACGGAAGUGACCGCGGGACUCUAUUUUUCUUCGGACCGAUCACGCGGCAAGUGAAGAAGAAGAACUACAACAUGAAACGAAUAAUGAUAAAACAAUAAAUUACUUUUACUUACAUUUCCAACUUCUCCAUUCCUUUACUUUUCACGUUGUAGUUCUUCUUCUUCACUUGCCGCGUGAUCGGUCCGUCGGCAAAAAGAGUCCCGCGGUCACUUCCAUUGUGGCUUUUUAAAGUGUUGCGGCUUUUGCGUUUGUGUUGUGGUGUUUGUAUUUGUUGCGGCGUUUGCGUUUGGUUCGGAAGCCGAGAGGGGUCACGACAGAGCGCCCUAAUAGCCCGGAAAAUACGGUAAUUCCUAAUGAAAAUGAUUAUUUUUAACUGUAGACAGGCGUUCGAUUAAAUUCUCUUAAUUGAUCGUCGGGAGAAUUAACGAUUGAUUUUCGUCGAAUCGUUAACUUUUUUAGGUUCUUCUUACGUUGCUACGCACAGUGACCUACAUUCGGUUUGUCGAUUAAAAAUUAACAUAAUCGAUGAAAUUCUUAAUGAUCAAUUAUCGAUUAAUCGACUAAUCAUGCCCAUCCCUAAUAGGCAUCAUUUGUAUAUUUUACUUCACACUUAUAUUUGGUUUGCAGUUUUAUCAUCCCGCCCGCUCUCUUCUGCACUGAGCUUUCAAAAUGUGUCCUGCGUCGGGUUCAAGGCUCUAGUUUGGAAAUCGUUUGACGCACAAAUUGAAAUUGUGAUCAAAGUUCAGUUAAUUGCGUAGACUUACACUCACACGUGUAAAAAAAAAAAAAAACUUAACUUCACGGAUAGAUCCAUGUAAUGCCGUACUGCGGGACAUUACAGUCAAAGCAGCGACAUCGCCAUGGAGACGAGCAGGCGACGCGCACACACACACGAGCUUCACGACGCCAAAUAUCAAGUCUAACAAAAAAAAAAAAACACAAAAACUGGAGCUUCAGCAAAAACUCAAACUUUGAUUUCGUCUUCAGGAUUCUGCGACUCUGGGUAAAACUCAAACUUGACUUUCGGACGGUGCCAUGUUUUUAUUUGUUCUGUUACUUUAAAAACACAUUCCUGUUUCCUGUAAACGCCGCGCUCUGAUUGGACAAAGACUGUUAUGUGUAAUUUCGUUUCAUUUUUAACUUCCAAGUUUUUUUCUUUUCUUGUCGAGGCUUUAAACUGUCACAUAAACAAACCCGAAUGUUUUUAAUUAAAGUUACUGAAUUUUUUCACUCUUUUAGGUUUGACGCUGCGUUUGAGGCUCAGACGAUUAAAGUGUAAAAAAUAUAAUAAAUAAAUAAUAUAAACUGUAGGUAAACCUUGUAUAGUUUUUUCAAUUUUACGUUUUGUAUUUGAGUUAAACUAGAAAUUCCUUUUUAAAAAAUCGAUCUUUUUGCACAUAAACCAGGGAUCAGAUCUCGACGCUCAGAUUAAAUAACAAGUUGAUUUUCUAUUUUUAUGUUUUUUUCACGUUUAUGUUUAAAAGAAAUACGUUAUAUUCUCAGUCUGCUCUGGUAUUGGUUCAUAUCGGGGGAAUCGGCUGAAGCAAAAGUAUUGAUAUCGGUAUCGGAACAGAAAACGCUGGAUCUUAAAAUAAACGUCAACGAAACGAAUCGAGAGUUAAAAAAAAAAAAAAGUUAAUUUCUAGAGAAUUCUAUCUAAAAUUGAUUAUUUGUGUCAUUUUAAUUUCUGUCUAUAAGAGAUUGUGUUCUUGUUUUAAACCAGAUGCCCUCCCGUCUUAAUCAAACUAAAGGACCAGAGGUGGGACUCGCAAGCAGUGAUUUGGACUCGAGUCAGACUUGAGUCAUUAUUUUUAGGACUUGAGACUUGAUAAAAUGGACUAAGACUUGGGACUCGACCUGGACUUGUAGGUCACUGCCUCAGGACUUGACUCGGACUUGAGGCCUGUGACUUGAGAAGACUUGAUGCUUCUAAAAAAAAAUGUAUGUAUUUUAUAAAAAAUGUUUUAUAAAAUACUUGAGUAGUAAAUGUUGAUAAAUGUGGAGCUGAAUUUUACAGGAACAAACUGGAACACGUCCCUCCCACUUCUGUUUUUUACUUUGGAUGAAACUGAAGUACUUUGACGUAGUAUCCACAAAUGUACUACAGCAGGGGUGUCCAAACUUUUUUCAUCAAGGGCCACAAAUCUAAACACAGACGAAGCAGAGGCCGAUCGAGGGCCGUAGACUGAUGCUCAGUACAGUGAUUAAAUUAAAUACGUGCAUGUUUAACACGUUAGAAUGAUCCAUCAGUCUUCAUUCACGCUAAGAUCUUUAAAACCAAACACUAAAUAUUCAAUAUUAGCUUUAUCAAGGUAGAUUUUCAAAAAAAAAACUUGCAGUAAAAAGUUAAUUUUAAUUGAUGCAAGGUAAUUUGGGCCAAUUCACCUGGAAGCCUGAGGGCCAAGAAAAAUUUGUCCGAGGGCCGCAUUUGGCCCACGGGCCGUAGUUUGGGCAUGCCUGUACUACAGUAAUAUACAGUACAACACAGUAAAACAGAGGGAACUACACAGUAUAUAAUCCUUCACGACAAAAUAACUGUGAUUAAGCUCUUUUAAAUCUGAAUUCUUUCUAUUCUGACCGUAAUGAUUCACACCAAGAUCUUUAUUUUUAUUAGAACAUUUUAGUUAUGUAUAUCACAGAUUCAAUCAUCAGACCAACCAAGAAAAAAAAGGGAAAAAUAACUUAAAAAUGAAAUAAAACUAAAAUAGGAGGACAUCAAGCAAGUGGCCUCUACAACGAUGUAUAAAAAAUUUACAUUAGGCUUUGUUUUGACUGUAAGAUUUCCACUUUUUCCAAUACAGUUCUUUAUCUGAGGAAUGUGUCAAGGAAAAUGUUAUUCGUUCCAUAUCCUGAAUUUCGUUGAUUAUUUCAGUUCAUUCUGAAACAGCAGAAGGUUUUUUCUGUUGCCAUUUUCGUGUGAUUGGAUUCUUACUGGCUGCUUGUAUCUGAAGAAAGUAUUUGUCUUUUAUUUUCAUCCCAAUUGGUAAGUUUCCCAACACAAAAAGAUCUUGACAAAACAUUUAAAAAGGAAAAAAGAGCAAUUUUACAACUCUUACAUAAAUAUAUGAUGAGUUUUUAAGAACAAUUUAGUUUGAAAUUCGUGUAAAUUGCAAAAAUCUGAGUUAUAUUUGGUACUUUUUUGGUUUAAAGACUUGAAGCUGAAAGCAGACGACUUGGACUUGACUUGGACUUACGGACCAGUGAUUCGAGACUCGACUUGGACUUGCCUGUAUUUGACUCGGGACUUGACUCGGACUUGAGGUCAGAGACUCGCAAAACGACGACUUGGUCCCACCUCUGGCUACAACAAACUUUUUCCAACAUCGAAGUCUUCAUCAUCAUGUAAAAAUGUAUUAUUGUUGCAAAAUUAUGCCCAAAACGGGACAAACUCGCAACUAAAGAACCAGGACUAAACCGGUUUAAGUCGAGACCUGGUUUAGUUCUCGUUAAAGACUCGUUUAAAGGCGAAAAAACGGAACUAGUUCGCUGAAAACCGUUCAGUUUGUCCAAAGUUCUUCCUCAUUUUUUCUGUUUUCAAAGCGUCUAUGAGUUUAUUAUUCUGCACUUUUCGCAACUUUUUUCGCAAAAACUAACAUGCUAACAGCGCUCUUCCUGAUUCAGACAAUAAAUGCUUAAUUUAGAGACAGAAUUAGUACAAAUAUACUUGUUUAACAUCAAGAGCUGCUUAAACAAAUACAUCUUUACAAACAUUUUACGCAAAUAUACGGAAGAAAAAUCAGGUACAGGUCCUUUAAUUUUGCUUUUAUUACUCCACAAUUGUCAAUUUUUCUUUUCUAUCGCAAAAUGUUUGUGUAAAUUGUUUCUCAUUUAAAAUCUUGUUAUUAAUGGUGUUAUUUUCAGUCUCUUUAAAUAUGAAAGUUUUUUUGUUUUUGUUUCUGGACGCUGCACUUUAUCUGAGCUGUGCCUCGAUCCACGUUUGACAGACGCUCAGAGACGUCUGGGUUUGGAUAAAUAAAUAAAUAUAAUUCAAUAAUAAAAAUGUCUAUAGUGAAACAAG